AUGGGCCCGCGCAGUCCACGCAUUUCCUCAAACUACCAAAGUUCAAGAAAUGCAGCCACAUUUACGCACUCGCACCAUGCCGAAGCCGUCUCAAUCAUUCCUACUGCAGUCGAUACUAGCUCAGCCGAUUUCAAAGAGAACAAGCGCCAGAUGGAAGAGGCAACGAACAACUUGGUCGAUUUGCACGCAAAGAUUGCACAGGGAGGCCCUCAGAAGGCAAGGGACAAGCACAUACAACGAGGCAAGAUGUUGGUCCGCGACCGGAUAACGGCGCUGAUCGACCCUGGCACCCCGUUCCUGGAAUUGAGCCAGAUGGCUGGAUACGACAUGUACCAAGGAGAAGAUGUGCCAGCAGGUGGCAUUGUCACCGGUAUUGGUACUGUAAAUGGAGUGCAGUGCAUGGUAGUGGCCAAUGACGCCACUGUGAAGGGCGGCACAUACUACCCGGUAACUGUAAAGAAGCAUUUGCGCGCCCAAACAAUUGCGCAGGAAAACCGACUGCCAUGCAUCUACCUGGUCGAUUCAGGCGGUGCUAACCUGCCAAACCAGGCAGAUGUCUUCCCAGAUGUCAAUCACUUUGGACGCAUUUUCUACAACCAAGCACGCAUGUCAAGCAUGGGAAUACCACAGAUCAGUGUGGUGAUGGGGCCCUGCACGGCAGGUGGUGCCUACGUACCCAGUAUGAGUGAUGAGAACAUCAUUGUCGAAAACCAGGGACACAUUUUUCUCGCUGGUCCACCACUGGUAAAGGCUGCGACGGGCGAGGUUGUGUCUGCCGAAGACCUUGGUGGUGGCAAGCUCCACAGCGAGAUCUCAGGUGUCACAGACUAUCUCGCAGUAGACGAUGCACACGCUCUUGUACUUGCGCGGAGAAGUGUCGGCAACCUCAACUGGCAUCGCAAUCAGACCACCCUCGCCGCACCGCCGGCCUUCAAAGAGCCCCUAUACGACACCACAGAGCUCUCUGGAAUCGCAGGCACCAACCUGCGUAGACAAAUACCUGUUCACGAGGUCAUUGCGCGUAUUGUUGACGGAUCUUCAUUCUCAGAGUUCAAGCCGCUCUACGGAUCAACGCUGGUCACUGGCUUUGCAAAGAUCUAUGGUCAGCCUGUUGGUAUUGUCGCAAACAACGGUAUCCUUUUCAGCGAGAGCUCGCUGAAGGGUGCACACUUCGUACAGCUCUGUGGUAAACGUCACAUUCCCUUGAUAUUCCUCCAGAACAUCUCCGGCUUCAUGGUUGGACAAGAUGCGGAGAAGGGUGGAAUCGCAAAGAACGGAGCAAAACUUGUCACAGCUGUCAGCUGUGUGGAUGUUCCCAAGUUCACUGUUGUCAUCGGAUCAAGCGCUGGAGCUGGUAACUACGGCAUGUGUGGUCGCGCAUACUCUCCCCGUCUUCUCUUCACUUGGCCAAAUGCAAAGACCUCUGUCAUGGGCGCCGAACAGCUCUCCUCGGUUAUGGAGGCUGUUGGUAAGCAAGCUGAUCCUGCGCUCAAGGCACGUAUCGAGCACGAGAGCGAAGCAACAUUCGGGUCUGCAAGGCUGUGGGACGACGGCAUCAUUCCUCCUGAGCACACCCGGCGAGUGCUCGGCAUGGGUCUGCAGAUGGCAUGUGGCGGCCAGAACACGGGCGUAGAGAAGGAGAGCACAUGGGGCGUAUUCAGGAUGUAG